GUUGUCAACUUUUCGUUAGUACGUCUUGCUUUUUUGUCUUGAAUUUAUUCGAAAUUUCUAUGAUAAUUUAACUAAAAAUACCAAAAAUUUAUGCACAGUGAGAUAAUAUGAACAAUAAAGAAAAAUCUGGUAAAUCUGCAACAGUUGGAAGUAAUGAUUGCAGCAUGGAAAAUAUUUCUGCAAAGGUUAAAGGAAAGAAUCGCGGGAAGAAACGAAAACGUCGUAACAGUGGGAGCAGUGAACCUGAGGAUGUUCUUCCAGAUAACUCUGCAGAGGUUGAUAGGAACCUCCAUGCUUCUGCAAUUAAGAAUAAUCUAGAUGAAACUAGUGUCAGAAAAAUUAUAAAGAAAGUGGUGACAAAUGACCGUGUAUUGGCACUUGUCAAGAUGCGGGAGGAAGAAGACUCGGGGCCUGAUGAGGACAGUCUUAGGCCUAAACUAACAAGAGCAAAAGUUAAGGAGUUAAUGAAAGUAUCUCCAAAGACCACAGCUUGGAAUCUAGAGAAAUUGGAGCUGACUCCCAUCAAUCAUAUCCCGGUGAAGACCCGGCCUGAAGUGAAGGCUCUGAUAGCUCAAGAGUUGCCGGAAGACGAAGAUGAUGACGAGUAUGAACCAACUCAUGAUGAUGUCCCUAGUGAUGAUGACCAAGGCUUAGAGUCGUGCAGUGACCUGGACUCGCAGCCCAGGACUCCGGCCACUCCUCACAGCCAGCACUCCGUCAGUCCUAAAGUUGUUAAAGAUGGACCUUUCAAAGUGCCACAGGAUAUAGCGACGCCCGCGCGCAGAAAACUGGACCUUGAAGAGGAGGCCACAAUAGCCCUUCGCACUCGGUCCAAACUAAGUCUAUCAUCGACCUCCAUAGAGCAUAUAGAGAGUACCUUCGUACCUCCCGAUGAUAUACCAAUGCCGGAUGUCGAUGAUCUGUGGAACGAGUUCCUGAACGAGUGCCUGAAUCCGGCUUCUACUUCGAAGAAUGAGGAUGAUGAUGAAGCGGAUCCAGAGUAUAAUGUGGCGGCUGAUCCUGAUGCGCACGAUGAAGACGAGGAAGCUCUAGGCAACAGCAUAAUAAAGAUAUCUAAGAAGGAACUGAAUGAUCUGGUGACGGAGUUGUUCAACAUCAUGCCCGAGGCUGCGGCUGACGAGGCUGAGGCUGAUAGCCUCGCCAACAGUGUGCUUACUGAUAACAGUAGACAAGAGGUAUCAACUCAUUGGGAAGGCAAACAGGAAGUUCUGUCAGACGAGGAGAACGGCCCCAGAACUACACAGAAGCUAUCAGACAGAAUUACAUUUGAGAAGACGAAUUACUCUCGAGUGUCUGUCGGGAAGAGUGAACCGCAGGAGAGUGACACACCAGUGACAAGGGAAGGGAAGACUGUGGAUAAACCUCAGAAAAUAGCGCCUAAGAAGUCUUCAGUAGUGAAAGUGUUCGUAGAAGAGCAGGAGGCCCCGACGCCCGCCUCGCUGGACGGCGCCCCGCCCCUCAUACAGAAGCACGUCAAGCCGGCGCAGAACAGUACAGAGUACGUGCUUAUUGAAGUACAGGAUGCUGCUUGUGUGUUGCCAGAGCAAGUGCUGUUGCUACAGCAGCAGCUAAGGCAGCACGUGCAGCUAGCGACGGGGUGUUUCCUGCAGCUGUGCGUGCACCCUGUACACUGGAGCUUCGCGCACAAGUAUAAGGAGUAUAUUGAGACAUUCUGUAAGAUAGUGGCAGAUAACCCUCAGUCGGUAGCCAACGUGUGUAACCUACAACCAGCCAUGGAGCUGAUCACCACGUGGCAGGACACCGUCAGUGCAGACACUCCUGAGAACCAAGCUAUGAUACAGUUCAUUCAAAAAGAGACUGACAGAUGCAAUCGGCGCUACGUCCACAAGAACUUGUACGUGGGCGAGUUCCACGAGACGUUCCUGAAGGUGGUGGCCAACAGCGCCGUGUUCUUGUACCCGUACCUGCUGCCCGCCAUGCCCUUCCGCGGAGACCAUCCCAGGAGGUUCUGCUAUCUGUACUCUGAGGACCAACUAAUAGCCCUAGGCAUGGACGAGUUCUGGCGCUACGUGAACGACAACGCGGACAUCUUCAAGCCGAACAACGGCUCCGCUCACUGGGGCCUGACGCUGACCAUGCAGCUCGUCACCAAGCACAUGUUCCCCUGGAUGCCGCCCUCCGUGCUGCACAGUCACGUGCAGAAGGUCAGGAAGCAUGGAGACAAGGAUAAUCCCAUUAAUAAAUACUUGGAAACCCGCUCAGUGCCGCCGUUGAAACACAAGCUGUUACCCUUCAACCCUCGCAUGACGCUGUACGAGCAGCCCGAGCACGAGGUGCCCAGGAUCUGGCUGCGCUACCUCGCCAAGACCAGCAAGCGGUUCCGGAGUUACCUAAUGAAACGGACCCAAAAAACGGGCGUUCCAGCAGAGGGAGUCGACAUAGAGUUUGGGCAAGCCGUCACCGCGCCCACCAAGCCGCCGCUACCCAUCGACAUCAUCAAGCGACGCACGCAACCUAACGCAGACAAACUCGACAUACAACUCGCUACCACCACACAAGCAAAUAACAACGCAUACAAACUCGUGGAAACCAGCACAGGAGCAUAUCUAGUACCAUUCACUAUGACCGUAGACUCUAAUACAGCCCCCAUUACAACCUCCACAGAAAUCCCAAAAACCAAAGACAAACCAGAGACAACGAAAACUAUAGAGAAAAUAUAUGACCCACAUUGUACCUGCUGUGUGUUGUUAAGAAAAAUUUGCACGAAAGGACAAAAGUUAAUAAGUGAUUACUUCAGUGAAAAGAAAGAGGUUAUGUGUUUUUGUGCCGUCAAAAGGUACCCGAAGGUAUCGAAUAGGUUAAAAUUGUUAGUUAGUAAUUAUAAGAAUAGUUAUAUGUCGUCGUUAGAGGCGCUUCAGAGUAAGAUAAAAAUUUUGAAGAAUAAUAAGAAAAAUGUGAGACUGAAUAGUAUAAGUCAAAGUGAUACUAGCAUUAGUGAAUUAGAAGAUAUUGCAUUUGUAACGAAGUUCCACCUAAAACUCCUUGCGCGGACAUCCACAAGAACAUGCAACACAAUAAAAAACAAGAUAUUAGUCCUCCUUUCUAACUUCAAUCCUUACGAGCACGAUCCUUUAAAGCUGGCAACACAGCUGGAGAAGGAACUCGGUCAUAGAUGCAUAGACUUGUACAAGGAGUUCCUAUGCUUGCUGAAUCCGGAACAAGCGGAUAAAUUGGAAGUGUUCAGAGAUUAUUUUAUUAGAAACUGUAUGGCGGAUUUGGUUUUGAAAGUUGAGGAGCAAGUACCAAAAGAGAAAAGACUUCCAAUCUUAGAAGCAUUACACAAGGUGUACAGUAAAAACUUGGCGACAGCGUGUGAGAUCUGCACGGACAUACUGUCCGCGCUGCAGGACUACCCCAACCUCGCCCGACAUGUGCACUCACUCUUCCCGCAUCGGGUAGAGACGCGAUCGGAGCGAACACCAGCGUCUGCCCAAGAUCCACCGCAGCCAACGGAGAUACCCUCAGAAUUGUCGUUGUGCAACAACACAACUGUCAUGCCACUGUCUGACACUGUCACGGACUAUGAGGCGGAUCAGUCUAUGAGUGAGGAUGAAGAAAUGAUCGAAAAUAACGCUGAAGCUCUUGUUCCCGAACCGGAGCCUAAUAUAGAGGAAGACGCUCCUAUUAAAACUGAAAACAUAUCAAUAGAGUACACAACGCCGACAUCAGAAAAUAACAACAUAUCUAUGGUGAUCACAGUUAGCAAGAGCGAAGUCAACGACUUCAGCGAGAGUUCCAACUCCUCACUACGAAUCAUGUUCGAAGAUGAAAUAGUUAAAAUAGAAACACCCGAAUGGAAAAGAGACGAAGAUAAACUUAUUCUAGAAGUGUUAAAAGAACAUUUAAGUCCAGAAGAACGACAAGACAAGACUAUUCUAGAAACUAUUUAUGAUAAAAAUAUUGUUGGCAUGAUUGCUGAUAGCUUGACCGAUAAGUCUAAGGAGGAUAUUGAAACUCGUGUCAUGUAUUUACUGCAAAUAUGUUGAUAUUUUACCCGACUGCGCUAAAUAGGAGGGUAAUGAGUUCAUCAGUCGAUGUAUAUAUGUGGGAUUGUACCUUUGAGGUAUUAUUUCGAAUUUUAGAUAGUAUAUGUGAAUGUCAUAGAAAGCAUUUUUUGUAAGAAUCAAAUGGUUGAAUUUGGGUGAAAUGAAAUCAACAAACUACAUCAGGUAUCAUUGAAUUGAUUGUUGUAACUUCAAGGGAACUUAAUUAUUUAUUGUCUCAGUGUCUUUGGCUUUUGAUUAAGAUUUAUAUAAAUUGUACUCAUGUUUUAAUGUUUCGACUUAUUUCCUUUAUGAAUCCUUCGAUAUUAGAUGUAUAGUAAUACUUCUUGCCGAGAUAAGAACGUCAGUAACACGUUAGUAUUUUAAUUUCUUGACUCUUGAUUAAUAAAGGGGAAUGCCGAUUUUAGGCCUUGCAAUGCCCAAGAAAUUUAAUUUAGUAAAAAAAAAUAUGUAAAUUUUACGUAUUUAACUCUUCUAUUCACGACGCGAUAUAUCUCAGUAACAUAAUAUUGAAACGAUACAACGAAAUAAACAGACAUUUGCUAGCUUGCCAAUUUAAAAUCCGGAAAAAAUAAAGAUUUCUGUCAGUUGACAAUAAUAGAAAUGUCAUUGCACUACUUUGUUUGCAUUUGCAUCUUAGUGAUUCGCUGCGUGUAUUUUGCUAUAAAAAUCGACGUUUUUGACCAUGAAUACUGACUCUGGCGAUUCUCCUAUACCUGACGACCACGGCCUGAAUAUGGAUUCCGCUCUUGCUGAAAAUGAGAAAGUUUUCAAUAACUUUUUAAUACUUAUAUAGGGCACAUUAAAAAAAACCUUGUAAUUUGAAAACUCCAACUAUUUUCAAUAUUUUUUCUUUUAUCAAUAUAUUAUUUGUGGGGCAUACUAAUAGAAACAAUCGAUGUCACUUGUGGGCACUCAGGGCCUAAAUAACUAUGGCGGCUUGGCAUCCUCCUUUGUAAUAUUUUUAUAACUGUCAAAUAUUGCUCCCUUUCUUAACUACAAAUAAAAAUUAUUAGAAACAAAUUAUGUAGUCUCAAUAUUUUAAUGAUUGUUAGAUCCAGUUUGGAUCCGGAAAAAGUUCUAUAUUUAUAUUACUACAUAUGUACAUAAAUGAUCUAAUAAAACUAUGACUCAUA